AUGGCCCCAAAAAACACAGCCUCAAUUGCUCUCUUUCUUGCAUUGAACCUUGUGUUGUUCAACCUUGCCUUCUCUUCAUAUGUAGCCCGUCCUCUUAAGACAUGCCCUCCUGAUACUCUUAAGUUAAAUGUGUGCGCGGAUGUGCUUGAUCUUGUUCAUCUUCGCGUUGGAUCUCCUAAAAAACAGCAGUGCUGCAGCCUUAUAGGUAACCUCAUCAACCUUGACGCCGCCGCUUGCCUCUGCACCGCGGUUCAUGUCGAUAUCUUAGGCCUUCUUAACCUCAACGUCAAUGUUGAUCUUACUGCUCUUGUCAAUCAAUGUGGAUGUGAACUCCCCGCUGGCUUCCAAUGCCCUCCACGCCGUGCUUAA